CUAACAAAGAAGACAUAAAGCAAACAUCUAAGACAAAAUGUAUGUAAUAUCUACAUAUAGUGUAUAUCUCUAUAGAUAUGAGAUCUAUAUAUAAGAACUUAGAAACAACAGCCAACAAGUUCAUAUGUGGAAACUCAGCUGGAAAAAGAUCUCAGGUGAUGGUUCCUGUUAGAGAUAAAGAAUCUCAGGGGGCUGCCCAACUACACGAAACCUUUCCAUCUAUACACUCAUGAACACCCUGAAGUGGCCUCAAGCCUUCUAGCACAAGAACAUGGGGGUGGUUUUCAUCCCUGUGCCUAUUUCUCUAAAACACUGGAUUCUGUGGCUGCUGGACUCCCUCGCUGUCUGCGUGCAGUGGCUGGGAGUGCUCUGUUUGGUAACAGAUGCAGAACGAUUGGUUUUGUCACACCCUUUGGUGUUGCAAACGACUCAUCAGGUAAAACAGGUAUUAUCCAACAUUGAAACACAACACAUGACGGCUCAGCGCAGAAGUGGUUAUGAAACUAUUCUCUGUGCUACCGCCAACUUGACCAUUAAAUGUUCCACAGCACUAGACACGAUAGCACAUGCUUUGCAUCGUCUGCUAAAUUCACAGGAUGACACCAUUCCUUUACCUGAAAAUCAUGAUUGUUUAAAAGAAAUUGUUUAUUCGUGUAGCAUUCGAUCUGAUCUGUCUGAUACUCUUUUGUUUAACAGUAAGUAUGUUUUUGUAGACGGAUCGUGUUCUAAGCCCGCUGAUGGAGUUUUCCUGUGUGGUUAUGCUGUCUGUGCUCUACUGAAUGUGGUGCUUGAAUCACACUCUCUGCCAUUUAACUCAGCUGAAGCAGCCAAGCUUUUUGCUCUCACUCUGCGUGCACGAUAUUUGAAGGACAAAGAAUCACUAUUUUCACAGACUCGCGCUUUCGGAGUAGCUCAUGAUUUUGGAAGGAUUUGGCAACGACGAGGUUUUAAAUCCACUGACAGUUGCCUAUUCGGGAACGUACAUGUACCCCUGCUGAGGUCUGAGCACCGGUGAACGUGUCUACAGAGGAAGAAAGUCCUGACCUGCUGGCUGUACUGAUUCACAUUUUACACAUAUACAUAUAGUUUUUUCUGUAUUAGCUCUCAUCACAAAACCAUUAACAUGUUUUUACAUUAUUGUCUUUUUCUGUUUCUGUUAUUUUGUGGAUUUAUACUCCCAACAUAUCCUCAUGGGGUUGAUCCUGUUAACCUAUGACUACAGAGAAUUCCUUUGGGUUAUUCUGCGCUACGCUAGAAUAAAAGAGGGCAAUGAAAAGAAUUCUCUUAUAUCAUGUAUUGUCUUAUAUUAUGAACUGCUAUCAAAUACCUAUGUUGAAUGUAUUCACUUAAUUACCUCUUUGAAUAAGCUGAUCAACUGCCAUCCUUUAUUAUAGCUGACACAUGUAUUUUCUAUACCUUGAAAAGAAUUAUUUUUGUAGUGUGCUGUCUGCUUUGUCUAGAUCUGUCUAGCACCUGCACAAGUAGAAACCCGCCUAUGCACUGCUGCUUAUCUAUGUGUAUAAAUACUCCUGUUCUGCACUAAUAAAUUUGGACAUCUC